CUGAUUAUCCGCAGCGUCACCACAAUUUGUGGUCGAUAUUCGGAUAUAACGGAACACAAAGGUGUAACGAGACGAAUAAUACGCCUUCCGGUAUAGUGAGGGGAAACAAAAGGGUGCAUGUGCUGCCUUCGUCUUCAAAGCAGGUGGUGUGGAAAUUUAAGUGGACACCAAGCUCUAUAUUUAGUGUCUACUAAUCAAUGGGAUGGCAGGAAGCCCUAACCAAAAACAAGACGACGGGGGCCCCCAGGAUCAGAUGGUUCGUUUGCACAGCUACCUGCACGGAGGGACCUCCGGCUUGUUGAGCACCCUCCCCACGCUCAUUGUCUUCCCUCUCUAUAAAACUGUCUUUCGUCAACAAAUCCACAACACCUCGGUGCACCAGGCCGUGGGACAGCUCCUCAAAGAGGGACCUGCAAAGCUCUACAGGGGCGUGGCCCCACCGUUGCUAAUGAGGACCCUGAAUGGCACGCUGCUGUUUGGCCUCCAGGACACCCUGCUCCGCCUGCUCUCCUCGUCAGCCCAAAACGCCCCGUUCGCCUCGGCCCUGCCUGCUCUGGCUGGGUUUGGUGCGGGAAUGGUGGAAGCUGUGGUUUUCACCCCCUUGGAGCGUGUCCAAAACGUGUUGCAAAACAGCCAGAACGACCGCCGUCUACCCACCCUGAAGAGCGUCCUGGUCAGGCUGAGGGCACAGGGCCCGGCUUCGGGCUACUACAGAGCCUUGCUGCCCAUCACAGCCCGCAACGCUCUGGGCAGCGCCAUCUACUUUGGCCUAAAGGGGCCGUUGAGUGCCGUCGUGGAGGCACGGGGGCUUUCUCAAGGCGUUUCGUCUUUCAUCUCGGGGACGCUGACCUCCAUGGCGGUCAGCUUGACUCUUUACCCGCUGGCUGUGCUAGUGGCCAACAUGCAGAAACAGGUGGGAGGGGAGGUGAGAGGGGUCACGGCGUGUUGGCGGACGCUGUGGGAAUCUCGACAGAAGAAGGUUUCUCUGCUGUACAGGGGAGGUUCACUGGUUAUUUUGAGGUCGUGCGUUACAUGGGGAAUCGCCACUGCCAUCUACGACAGGCAGCAGAAACGCUCAGGCUGAAGAAACACACGUAAACAAUUGUUUGUAUUGUUUAUUGUCAUGACAAACCUUUAUUUACAUUCUGAGCAAAAUGUUUUUAAAAAGGAUUACUGUCCACAGCCCACAAGGAUGUGAUCCAUCCUCACAAUGUACAAGUUCAAAAGACUACUGCCAGGACUGAGUUGGAGUCAUGAAACAAAGUUAAAUACCUUUAUAUUAUAAAUAUGGGGUUGUUGGAUGAGGUGCUUCGUAUUUGUAUUGUCUUUAACGAGGUUAGGUCUACUGUUUAUUUACAGUUGAACUCGUCAAAGUCUGUUUACCUAUCAUAGGCCUUACUCAGGUUAUCAAAAGUCGAGUAAUGGACCAAUAUGAGGAACUAAAGGUCAGUAUAAGCUUCUGCUGGUUUCAUCUUAUACCAAAUCCCUGUCAUUACUACCUGAAUGACGGUAGAUGCAUUUUAUGGUGUAUUGUCAAGAAAUGAUUUACUUGAAUGAAAUAUUGCAUGUGAAUUGACAUACUGGAAAAAGUAAGAUUGGCCUUGUAUGUAUGGACAUAGGUGACGUGAUGAAGGGGGGCUCAUGUUUUUCCUAGCUCUUUUUCUUCUUGCUAUGUCUGCAUGGGGGGUCCAUAGACAUCGCUGUUACAUAAGUUGGAAAAUACUUAAACACACUGCCAUCUUACCUAGAAUGUACCCUGCCUUUCACCUUGUAUGACGGAUGUGAGUAUUCUCACAAUGGAGCCAAUUAAAAGAGCAGCAUCUGUUUUACUGUAUUUACCCCCCGAGAGUGCCUCAAUAAAAUAAAUC